GAGCGAGAUGAUCAUUGUCGCCGAGGAAACGAGGAGCGAAAGCAGAGAUACUCGUCGGAACAGGAGCACAGGAGAGACAGAAGUGGUGACAGAGACAGACACAGAGACCACUCAGACCGAAGGAAGAAUCCAAACGAAAGGCCUGGAGUUCGAGGCCACGAGCGAGAGAGGGAUGCCCAGAACAUCCGCGAGCAGCAAGCCGAGAGGGAGUUUUAUAAUGAGAGGAGACGAGAGCAGAGACAAAAUAAUGAAGGCAGCGGCGCUGACCAGAAUCCAGAACUGGGGCAAUCCGAUAGCAAGCCUAAAGAAAAAGCUGCCGUGAACAAAGAGAAGCCAAGCUUUGAACUGUCUGGUGCCCUUCUGGAGGACACCAACACCUUCCGUGGUGUUGUGAUUAAGUACAGCGAGCCGCCUGAAGCUCGGAUCCCGAAGAAGCGGUGGCGUCUCUACCCUUUCAAAAACGACGAGUUUCUCCCCGUCAUGUAUGUCCACAGGCAGAGUGCUUACCUCCUGGGCAGGCACCGCAGGAUCGCCGACAUCCCCAUUGACCACCCCUCCUGCUCCAAGCAGCACGCCGUGUUCCAGUACCG